GAGAGAGAGAGAGAGAGAGAGAGAGAGAGAGAGAGAGAGAGAGCAAUGGCGGCGGCUAUCGACGACUCGUGCCGGCGGCCAGGGUCGGUGCCGUUCAAGUGGGAGGUGUGCCCGGGGACGCCCAAGCACGUCCGGAGCAGCAGCGCCAGCGCCGCGCCGCCGCCCUACACCUCCGCGUCCCCGCUCACCAAGGCGGCCGUGUCGCCAAAGCUGACGCCGCCCCCGGCCAUGUCGCCGUCGCCGUACCACUCCCCGCGGGUCUCCUACUACGCCGCACGCUCGGCAUCGGUGUCGCCGUCCCGGCGCCGCGCGCCGCACCGCCCGACGGCCUUCCUCGACAUCGCGCCCCGGGUCGCACCGGCGUCGUCGUACGGCCCCGGCCCCGAGGACGAGGACACGGCGGCGGCGAGCAGGUGCUUCCCGCUCCCCGUGUUCCGGAGGAGGGACCGGGACGGCAACAAAGGCAGUGGCUCGGGGCGGCGGCCUGGGGCGUCGUCGUGCUCGUCGUCCGGGAGCAGCUUCAGGUCGGACGGCGCGCCGUGGCCGACGGGCCUGCGGCGGUCGGCGUCGAGCUCGUCGUCGUCUUGCCUGUCCCUGUCGUCCAGGAGCAGCGGCAAGCUGGUCGAGGCGAGGGAGGUGGAGGCUGCCGGCGGCUGGUUCUACUGAGACAACCGGCAACGGCAAGUCGGCAAGGCAACCAUGGAUGCAUGCUUGCCACCAUAACUGAAGAGCAAGGAAUGGAGAAGGUUGUCUGUCACUGUGUGCGUGCGUGCGUGCGUGUGGAGACGCUGAGACCCCAGCAAGAACACGUAGUGAUUCAUGGCUGGAGACUGUUUGUACGCGCUUGCUCUUGUGUACAAAACAGUUGCUCGUCGAUCCAAUAGUUUCAGAUGGGUCAGAUACUGGGUCGUGCAGAUUUACACACAAGUCAGGAUGUGUUUAGUUGGUGAAAAAAUUUGGGUUUGGGUACUGUAGCACGUUUCA